UUCCUUUCUGUUGCCCAAAGGGGCGGGCCUUUUAGGCUCGCUCCUUUGUUUUUGUCAGGCUACUACUGGGAGCACAACGCCCGAGCAAAGGGCAUUUAUGUUGCUUGCUUUCCAGUGUUAUAUCGCACGUUCGAUGAAGCUUCGGCUGAGUUCGUGCAACGAGUAUGGGAUUGACGAUGUUUCGGCAGAGUCUUUCUCAUAUGUUGUGGGACGCACCGUCGGCAUGCCGGCGCAGGUUUCGGGAAGCCUUCUUUUCGGAGAGGGCGAGCCCCGUUGCUUAAAAACGUCAUAACGAAUUUUUAUAAACCCCUUUUUUAGUAACAUGAGCACGACAACACGACCAUCGUCGUUAUUAUCACGACGAUCUUUCCAUACAUGCCGAUGUACCUGCUUGCAACAAUCAAUCGUUCAACGUCACUUGGAGCAACAGCGUCGUGCCGGCAGUUACCGAUUAACGUCAUUCCCUGAACCACCACCGCUCACAUCAGUAGAAUCGCGCAUGGCAACCAAACUAUUUGCAAAACCAGCUCGGUUCUUGACAAGCGUGUUCGAUCCUAAACAAAUACCUCCUUUUAAACAACCAGAGAUUGCGUUUGUGGGACGAAGCAACGUUGGAAAAUCUACUUUGAUAAAUAGAUUGACGAACAAUAGUAAACUCGUAAAGACAUCAAGCAAACCAGGACACACAAAGUCGCUCAAUUUUUUUAAUAUUGCGGAUCAAAUUACGUUGGUGGAUAUGCCAGGCUAUGGAUUCCGUUCCCAAGAAGAAUGGGGAGAGCUUAUCCUCCAUUACUUGCGAUAUCGAGAACAGUUAAAGCGUCUGUAUAUCAUCAUCGAUCCCGUCGCUGGUAUCAAAGAAACCGAUAAACAAAUCAUGCAAAUCCUCGACCAACAACCUCUUUCCUACCAGGUCAUAUUGACCAAACGCGACCGAUUAACCGACGAAGCGUUCCAAAAAUCCAAAUCCCAAAUUGAACGCUAUCUUGUUGAGCAUGCUAUUUGUUGCUAUCCCGAGAUUCUGACUACAGGCAAACGAAGAAAGAGCAAAAAGGAUCAGGUCGGGCAAAUGGCACAAGAUAUUGCUCGGAUUCAGUGGUCCGUCAUGACAGCAGCAGGUGUUACUCCAACACCACCAUCAUCGUCCUAGUAUAAUACUACUAUAAUGGAAGUUGGGAAUAUAUUUCUAUGGAAGAGACAAAGUUGUUU